ACUAAAAAGGCAGCAGGUUCAAGUAGUAUUUCUGGAGCCGGACUCCUGCAGGCGCGCAUCCAAAAGAGGACGCACCGGUUCUUUCUCCUCACUGGGUCCACAUUCACUGCUUUACCUCAAGGAAAAACAGCCAAAUAAGACUUUUUAGACUUGGUUAUAUUUUUUAUUAAAGUGUUGCUCUUACGUCUGCGACUGAGAAAUGAAUCAUAAAAAUGUUUUACUAUGGACCUUCCUGCAGUGCGUGUCCUUCGCCUUUGGGGAGAACUCUGUUCUUAAAGGUGAAGAAAAUGGAUUUGAGUCAGACUACAAGGCUAUCAGUGGCACAAUAAAGUACAACCUGAGGAAGGAUUUAGACUUGGACCAAGAAGGGUGCUACCUGCAGACUGGCAAGAAAGACCAGUUAGAAAAGUGUGGCUUCAACGCAACCGCCAAGACUAUCUUCAUCAUCCACGGCUGGACGAUGAGUGGUAUAUUUGAAGCCUGGAUGCGCAACCUCGUCUCAGCAGUGAUGCAGCGGGAAAGUGACGCAAACGUUGUGGUUGUUGACUGGAUACCUUUGGCUCAGCAGCUCUACCCUGAUGCAGUCAACCACACUCUUGCAGUCGGUCUUGAUAUUGCCAGUAUGCUGGACUGGCUCCAGGAAGAUCUGCAACUACCUCUGGAGAAUGUGCAUCUAAUUGGAUACAGCUUAGGUGCUCAUGUAGCUGGUUAUGCAGGAACUUAUGUAAAAGGGACUCUUGGUAGAAUCACUGGUCUUGACCCAGCUGGGCCAAUGUUUGAAGAUGUGGAUGACCAGAAACGUUUGUCUCCUGAUGAUGCUGACUUUGUGGAUGUCUUGCACACAUACACUCGCGAGGCUUUGGGCGUGAGCAUCGGAAUCAAGAAGCCAAUUGGACAUAUUGACAUCUAUCCAAACGGUGGCGACGUCCAGCCUGGGUGUGCACUUGGUGACGUCUUGGCAGCUGCAGGAAAUUUCAUGGAGGUUAUGAAGUGUGAACAUGAGCGAGCUGUACAUUUGUUUGUGGACUCCCUGAUGAACAAAGAUCAUGUGAGCUAUGCCUACCAAUGCACUGAUGCAGAACGCUUUAAGAAGGGAACCUGCCUCAGCUGCCGCAAGAACCGCUGCAAUAACAUCGGCUACAAUGCCAGAAAGAUGCGCAAGAAGCGCAGCAAGAUGUACCUGAAGACACGAGCUGACACUCCUUUUGGGGGAUACCACUAUCAAAUGAAGAUGCACAUUUUCAACAGGAAGCAGUUUGACAAUGCAGAGCCAACCUUUUAUGUGAAGCUGUACGGUGAACAUGAUGAUACCGGGAACAUCUUUGUUGCCCAUGAUGAACCAAUUGGUCUGAACUCCACAAACACCUUUUUGGUCUUCACUGAGGAAGAUAUCGGUGAUCUGCUUAAGAUCAGUCUGAGGUGGGAGGGCGACUCUGAAUCCUUGAGCUCCGUCUUUAAGUACAUCAGACACUCUUUCUGGAACUGGAACACCAAAGCCACCAAACCUGUGCUGCAAAUCCGUCGUAUUCGUGUGAAAGCUGGAGAAACUCAGAAAAAGUUUACCUUCUGUGCACAAGACCCCUCAAAAACUGAGAUUUCUCCAGGGGAAUAUAUAACCUUCGUAAAGUGUCGUGAUGGCUGGGAAGUUAAACCUAAUAAGAGGAUACCAAUGUAAGACGUUGGAAUACUAAAGACCAAUGCACAGUCACCAUGGGGAGCCCCAGUGUGGGUCAGUGAGAAGCAUAGUCUUCUCUUCACUUCUGCACUUUCGUUGGCUUUAUCUCUUCACUGGGAAGAAGGCUUCAGGUUUUGAAUGUUGUGGAAUAAAGACUGUGGGGAUCUAUCUACAAGAAGGCUGGCAAGUGCACAGGCUCGUUGCUGUGGAGGUCCUGCUUGCAUUGACUGCUGGGAAAGUUGUUGACUCUCCCACUUGUGUGGACUAGUGAAGUAGAAGAACGUUGUGCCUGGAGACACACCAGCCAUUGUAGUAUAAUACUGAACAUUUUUAAAUAUUUUAUUUAUUAAAAGCACUGCAAGACCAACAUAAUUUAUCAGCACAUCCCAUAAUGGAAGCACAUGUUUAAUUCUUCCAAAUGCAGUAUUUAAUAUGUAUGUUUGUCUGUGACCAAGAACUGCUGAGAGAUUAUCGAUACAGUGUAUUUUGAUCCGUUAAAUACACCAUAGUGUUGCAAAGUGGCUCAUUUUGGGGUGUGUAUAUAGUGUAAAUAUGUCUU